AUGAGCCUCCCGACUCCGCCUAACACAUCUCACAGAGACAAGGAAAACCGUUCUGCACGGUUCUCGACUGGCUCACGGGUUGCAUGGGCGGAACAUGACCAAUAUCACACCAUUCCUUCCGGUCCUCAGACUCCUCCUGCUGGUUCGUCUAUCAAGGCGAGCGCUAAUAAGGCACCUCCUGCGAAGUCUAUCCUGAAGCCGUCACCACUUUGCGAUCUCCCGUUUGGGCAUGAAGACAAGAAGGAGACAACGCCUGAACCCUCGGACCCGCUAGCGGAUCUACACUAUCUCGAGACUCCAGUGUCGAGGAUCGUGGCGACAGACGCGUCGCUGCGGGACCUCAUCGAGGCGUAUUCCAUACUCACGGCGCGUAUUAGGGCAUGCGUUCCCGGAGAGACAGAUGCCGACGCGUCAUGGCCCCUGUUUCAGCCUUUAAGACAACAUCGGGACGCCCUUGUCGAUGCGUGGGUCAGGGAUCUGGGUCGCGUCUUCGUAGAGCAAGUUCGUAUAACACCGGAUACGGAGAUUCCGCAGCCUCCUACGCCACCAGAUGAGGAGAGGGUUUUGCUACCGUCGCCGCUAAAGAGCCCAAGAAAGAAGGUUGGCAUGUCGGGGGAGCAGGUCAAGAAUGCUCGCGACCUUUGCAUUGUUUGUCACGCGGUGAUCAAGCUGCUCAACGUGGUGUUCACAUUACCUGCUGUGUAUCAAGUCUUCACAGAUGCGCAACUCAGAUUCAUGUUGACUCACGUGCUAGCGAUUCCACUUGCGAAUGAGCUUCCUACGCCAAAUUCGCGCAAGACAUGCGCUUUAGCGAUCUGGUUGCUCCAGACCCAGCGCCUUUCUACUGAAGUCCUUGAGCCCGCAAAAGAUCGCAUUGCUUAUGCUCUACGUCGGGGGAUAGAGGGCGAGUUGGGCAAGGAGGGCAAAAAGGGUUCGGUACACGAUGGUCUCAAGGCGAUCCAUGAAAUGUCAACGUGGUAUCCUACACUUUUCGUGCCUGCGUUCACCGAGCUGCUCCCUUCCAUUCUCUCCAAUCUCCUCGCGCCAACCGUUGUCCUACGAUCACAAGCAUGUCAUGCACUCAGCGGUUUCGCUUUCGCGGUAGCGAGCAUCCCGUCCUCCGCUAUCCAUACUCGCAUCUCGGACUUGGUCGUCGAUCACCUCACGACUUCUCCCGCUCGUACUCCCAUCGGUGGUCUCUCUAGUCCAAUUAAAGAUCCUCCACUCAUUCGCACACUGCGCACGACGUUGGGUAACACAGGACCGAGCCACCCAGCGCAGGGGCCCGUCUGGGCGUGGUGUGUCAUGGCCUCUCUCAUUGUCCUCAUGGGGCCCGCCGUCUACACGGAUGACAGAAUAACUCGUGCACUGACAGCUCUGGUUUCUUUGGGUAUGCGACACGAGAAGAGCUCUGUUCGAGCACUGGGAUGUCUUACCUGGCGGUGCAUGGUCUGGGCAUACUUCCACGAUCGUCUUCCGCGGCUCAAUGACGGCGAAAAUGUCGAGACGAUGCUAUACAUGACUCAGAAGUACAAGCAACGCCUGAAUGAAGUCUGGAAAGUUGUCCAAUCUGUAGUCGACCUGGGUGCAGGCGUCAGCAUGAUUGGGGCGCUUUUGGCUGGUCCAUCGACGGACAAGCGGAGUCUCAAGAGGGCGUUGGACGUGCUUGGCGAGAUGAGUAAGAAGGGCGGUCAGACCUGCAAAGACGCACUUGAGACUGCUGUCAGUCUGGUGAGCCCGGAGCCCAGGGCUGAGUGGAAUGCACGCAAGCUUCUCCCUCCCGGUUUGUUCUUUAAUAUGCCUGGUCUACUCACGGCCGAGUACACAUCACUCCCAUACACCGUCAAACCCCUUUUCGAGGAGUGCACACAGAUCGAGGAGAUCAGGCCGCUGACCACGGACGAACUUGCAUUAGGUUGGGUCUUCAAUAGCCUGAUGGAUGUUUGGAGAGAAGGGCUGGCGGCCCUGAAGCUGACAUGGGGUUGUGAAAUUCCUAGCGAGAUCCUCGAUGUGUGGCAUGGUCUUGUCAAGGCAGUUCUCAGCUUAUUGAAAUUUGACUUAGGGGAUGAAAAGGGAACCGUCGAAUUCACUACGCGCCUGGUGGACAUCUUGCGCUGCUUGCUCGAAGAUUCCGAGCUUGAUCUCAGUCUCGACGUAGAAUAUGAGGAUCAAGCCCCAGCAGGCCAAGUCCGGUUCGGCCACCAGAUUGUACAGGUUCCCCCACACCAUCGAUGGAACUUUGGGCUGAGGAUCUAUCUUGUCCGCGAGCUCUGGAAUGUCAUGAAGGGCCUCGUUCCUCAGUCUGCUCUUCACUUGUCAGGAAUACAGCUUAUAACCUUCCUCCUUGGACGCGAACAGACACUUCUCGAUGAUAUCGAUACCACAGACGAGAUCCGAUAUCAGUGGAGCUCGCUGUGUGCUGAGGUCCUCUACGAAUGCCCCCUCGACGAGCUGGAGAAAUUCUGGCGUGGAGCGCUCCGUCCACGGUGCUCGCGGAAACACCAGAUCGCUUGGAGACCGGAGAUUCGUCAGGCGGUCUGGCUGACGUUCGCCGAAAGGUGGAAAGAGUGCAAAGCUACGUGGGAUGCUGCGGUCAUCCUCCUCGGCGUGCCGUUCAGGGAACAAAGUGCAUGGGAAAUAACGGGUGAUGAUGUGGAUGCCUGGGACGCGCUUCUUCGCGAUGCCAUAAGCAAGGCCUUUGAUUACGGUGUCGAUUCCGUAUCUGUCAUCGACCAGGUCGCGGCAAGGAUAUGCUCCACCAAAUCGCUGACGUUCACGUCCGCCACACGCGUCGCCGACUUGCUUUUGUCACACCUGGAUUUCAACGAGGCGCGCGAGAUACCAAUGGACGUCCUCGGACUGACAAACGACAGCCUGCUGGCGGCUUAUCCACCCGAGUCCGACGACAAGGUCACCGCGCUCUGGUUGAUCAGGUCUCUUACCAGGAUCAUCGACGCCUGCCCGGCGGAGCUGGCACUCAACCUGUUCGAACUUGUGCAGGAGGGCCUCUCUGCAUGGAUCGCAGACGAGUUCGAAGCGUUCAGUGCGGAAGAAUAUGCACUAGACAUUCUGCCUGUGUAUCAGACCGUCCUGCUCGGCGUGGAGUCCCUCCCGAUGUCCGCCGACACGGUAGAGACUCUAGCUACUAUGCUCGAAUCUGGCCUCUCAGGCCGUCAAGACAAGCCGGCGGCUGCCUUGCAAGCAUUCCAAGACUUUUGGCAGGCCUCCUGCGCGGACAUCCGCGAGCCUGUCGGUGGCUGGUGCGAGAAAAUUCAGAACUGUAUGCGGGUGCUCCCUGGGAAGGAAAUCCCGGACGACGUUAGCGAGUCGAACGACGCUCUUUUCGCCGAGGACGCGUGGGAUGUUGAGCUGGAGGAAUCGCCUGUGGCAACACCCGCCGCUGCGAUCUCAGCUCUCGCACCUGUGAUUAGUCUUUCUUCCGCUCUGUCUAUCCGCGCACCCGUUUCUCCCUCAGCCGUCAUCACACCUCCUUCCACUCCGCCUACCCGCAUCUGUCUCCUGCCGUCGACUCCGCCCCGGCCGCACAAACCAUCCCCACAAAGCCAAAUCAUUGCCAUUCACGAUGAGCCUGUCCGCACGCCCCUCACGCCGAAUCGCUCCCCCCAUACUCCGAAACGAGGCCACGCGUCCUCUGCUCGGCGCCGAAGCACAGAUAACAAGGAGAAUAUCUCGCCGCUUCUCAUGUCCGCGACCGUUGCCGAGCGUAUCGCGAAUCAGUCAUCUGUGGCGGCUGGCUCGACUGUCCUGGGCAAGCGACGCGCACCCGAGGAUGUGCCUGAGAAGGAGGCGAAGCGGGGCAGGCUCGACCUCGGCGACGCUGCUCCCCUGGCGCCCGGCGCGCAGCCCGCCGACGCGCCAGAGGAUGGCGCGGCGAACGAUGACGAGGACGAGGACCCAUUCGGCACGCCGUCGGGAUCCGAGUCGUCAUCCAGCGACCGCGAGGAGUCCACUCCUCGAGCUACGGUUUCUGUCUCGCGUCCGCGCAAGCGCAAGGGUGUUUACCUAGAGGCGGUUGAGGUGCCGAUGUUCCGCGAUGUCCUCCGGCGCGAGCGAGAUGCGCAUAUGAAGUCGUUGCUGCUCGAGCGCGUGACCACGCUCUCCUCGGAGGCAGGGAGCAGCAGUCCCGCCGUGACGCCAACACGGCGCACAUUGAGGCGGACACGCUCUGCGACGAAGAUGCUUGGGGAGGAGGCGUUCGAGAGUCUGGAGUACUCAGAGACGCCGACGCCGAGCAAGCGGCGCAAGAGCCGGGUGGCCGAAUUGCUGCAGGAGGCCAGAGCGACGCCGUCGUUGCCAUCGUCUCCGCUACGCGCCGUGCGGGAAACCCAGAUUGCUGGAAGUGGUGACUCCGUUCUUAUAGACGAUUCAAUCAUGAUGGUUACACCCAGAAAAUCCUUGCCAGUCGAACUCUCUUCCGAUGACGACCCGCAACCCGGAAACGUCAACCCUCGCGGUGUCGUGUCGCCUGCCUUGCGCCGUGUGCGCUCUAGUGAGACCGACCUUCCAAGCAGCGAUGACUCAAAUAUGACCGCGAGUCCUUCGCGUGAGCGCGUAAAACGGCGUAUUGCCCGAAUGCCCAGCUCCUUCCUCAACCCAUCUCCUUCAAAACUCCGUUCGCGUCUAUCAGGCGGAUCUUCAUGGUUCAAAAGCGAGGACUGA